CUUGCUUUCAGCUCAUAUUCUCCAACAGACAAGUUGAUGCAAAAAUCAGGGCUUGAGUUUUCUGAUUUCUGAACUCCACAUUAAGCAUUAAAAUUGUGAUUUUUUUCCUGAUUACGGCGCGACUCUUUUCUCCGCAACCAUUAAAGGUGAAAGGUCACAGGUAAUCGUGCUUGCUGUGGUGGUCCUGGAAUUUGUGUUGGCAGUCAUUUACUGUUCGAGGCCUGUUAAUUGAAAAUGGGAGGCUCUAGUAGCACCCCAAAGAAAGUGACGGUAGAGAUGGACCAAGAAACGGGCACAGUAAAGAUAUCUGAAGCCGUUGUUCGUCGCAUGAUGGGAGAAGAAGAACCUAAAGGGUCAGUAGAGCAAACUGGUUCCCAAAAGACAAGUACUGCUGUGGAUUUGGAAAGAGAUGAAGAAUUUCAGAAACAAUUAAAACUAUCUGAAGGACAGUGGAAGGAAAAGCUUAGACAAGCAGAACUCAAGAAUGCUGAAUUAUACAGAAUGACAUCAGAACAGUUCACGAAGGCAGCAGAAGAUGUGGAGUCUAAAUUCAUACACCAGUCAUAUCAACCAGUGUGUAAAGAUCUACAAGAGGAAGUACUGAAAUGUUACACUAUUAAUCCUAGGGAGACAUUAAAUUGUGAAGCUGAGGUCAGAGCAUUCACAAACUGUGUAGACCUUACAAGAAAUAGUGUUUUAACAAAGCGAGAAAUCCCCGGAAAAUCAUGAUCAGAGAUCAACAUAUUUGAGUAUUUAAGUGUGCUUUUUACAAGGACUGUUAUAACUAGAAUACCUUUGAUAGUCAGUCUGUUAGACAAUUUAACAUGCAAUGCAACAUUGCAGUGUAAUCCAUCUAAAUGCAAGUGCUGUUUUCAUGUAUAAUCCCAUAUAUUCUAAGCAUGAAAUAUUGAUUUGGUGUAAAAUGAACAUGCUGUAUGAGUUUUGUACCGCAUGAAAAUAAAGUAAUGAAAGUGAAAGUUGUAUGUUUGUUACAAGAUAAUUUUACUAGAUUAAAGUUUGAUCUUUUUGAACACUACUGA